AUGGUCAACCAUUUUGUUGCUGAAUUCAAGCGUAAACACAAGAAGAAUCUUGCGACCAAUCCGCGUGCUCUCCGUCGUCUUCGUACUGCUUGUGAACUGGCUAAGAGGACUUUGUCUAUCUCCACUCAAGCGAGCAUUGAGAUUGACUCUCUCUUUGAUGGAAUCAACUUCUACACCAACAUCACGCGUGCAUGUUUUGAAGAGCUUUGCGCUGAUUUGUUCCGCAGUACUAUGGAUCCAGUUGAGAAAUCAAUUCAUGAUGCUAAGAUGGACAAGUCUCAGAUUCAUGACAUUGUUUUGGUUGGAGGCUCGACUCGAAUUCCAAAAGUCCAGAAGCUUCUGUCUGACUUCUUUUCUGGCAAAGAACUCAAUAAGAGCAUCAACCCGGACGAAGCUGUCGCCUAUGGAGCUGCUGUUCAGGCUGCAAUUUUGUCUGGCGAUAAGUCUGAGAAUGUUCAGGAUCUUCUUCUUUUGGACGUUGCCCCACUCUCGAUGGGAAUUGAAACUGCUGGUGGCGUCAUGACUCCGUUAAUCAAGAGAAACACGACUAUUUCCACCAAGACUUCUCAAACGUUCACUACCUAUUCUGACAAUCAGCCUGGUGUUCUUAUUCAGGUCUAUGAAGGUGAACGCGCUAUGACAAAGGACAACAACUUGUUGGGAAAAUUCGAAUUGAGUGGAAUUCCUCCUGCUCCUCGUGGUGUUCCUCAAAUCGAAGUCACCUUUGACAUUGACGCCAACGGAAUUUUGAAUGUUUCUGUCCAAAACAAGUCGACUGGAAAGCAAAACAAGAUCACCAUCACUAAUGACAAGGGACGUCUUUCCAAAGAUGAGAUUGAGCGUAUGAUCCAAGAGGCUGAGAAAUAUCGUGGCGAGGAUGAGAUUUAGUGUGAUUGUGUUUCGGCUAAUGUAAGAAUGGACUUGAGUCUUACUGCUUUAACAUCAAGCAGACAAUGGAUGAUGAUAAGCUCAAGGAUAAGAUUAGUGAGGACGAUAAGAAGAAGGUUUUGGACAAAUGUCAGGAAACGCUCUCUUGGUCAGACGCAACCAAACUGCUGAGGAGAAGGAAGAAUUUGAGCAUUAUCAAAAGGAAUUGGAAGCUAUUUGCAAUCCGAGCAUUUCGAAGCUUUUUUGCUUUAACAUCAAGCAACCAAUGAUGAUAAGGUAUUAUGCAGAUGUGUGCAUCAACAACAAUCUUCGUGUACAUGUGAGGCCAUA